UUCUCUCCUCUCUCUCUCUCUCUCACACACACACAAACACACACAGUCACCCACUACUUUGAAAAAAAAAAAACCAGACACAAAUCAGACAAAUAGCCCAAGUAGCAGUUGCCUCAAAGACAGAGCUCUCUUUCAGACUUUCUCCACCCUUCAACAAUGGCCGCUCCUUUUUUCUUCUCUUAAUUCCUCAUACAUUAUUGUAACCGCCUUCCAUUUUUUCAAGUUUUCUCUUGCCCCUCAUUUACUUUUCAAACCAGAGAGUAAAUAAGAAAUGCAGACUCCUAAAGCAAGAACAAGUCCGGCCGGUGGGGGUGCGGCACAGAGGAUCUCUCCUCGAUCGAGUUCGACGGAGGUAACUCAGAAGAACUCACCUAGUCAAGGUGGUUCUGCAGAAGUGUUGCAAAAGAGUUCUCCGAAAGUGGUGCGGCAGCUGAAGACUGGUCCGAGGUUUUUAGACCACACUGCUUCUUCUUCAAACUUAGCUACUAAAGCACCCAAAGAGAGAAGCCCUAAACUUGCUGAUCAUCGCUCUCCCAAAAGCCCAAUCUCUGAGAAAAAGCGUCAGAGUCGUUCUGAACUGGAGAAUCAGAUAUCGAAGCUCGAAAAAGAUCUGCAAACCGUGAAGGAUCAGUUAUGCUCCACAGAAGAACUGAAGAAGCAAGCCCAAAAAGAAGCCGAGGAAUCGAACCAACAGCUCUCAGCCCUCUCUCUGAAGCUCGACGAGUCUCGGAAGCUUCUAGAAACUUCCGGACCGGAGGAAAUCUCUGAAGAACGGGACCCGAUACUCGUAUCCGAACUCGACGCUAUCCAGAAACAGCACUCGCAUGAUACAGCUGCGUUAGCCUCUGCCUUGGACGAAAUCAAACAACUCAAAAGCCAGCUCGAAACUGUAUCCGAAUCCGAAUCUGCCCAUUUCAAGAACUCGGAACUCGACAAAACCGAGCUCGAGGAUUUGAAGAAGAGUUUGUUGGAAACCCUUUCGCUAGUCGAAGAAAUGAAAAACGAGCUGAGUGAUUGCAAGGAAUCCGAAUCGCGGGCCCACACACUCGUCGGAGAAACUUUGACUCAACUGGAAACAGCCAAGAAGAAAGUGGAGAUGCUUCGAUCGGACGGCGUAAAAGCCACCGAAGAGUACAAUGCUAUAGCUGCUGAGCUGGACCAAUCGAGGGCCCGUGUUGAUUCUUUGGAAGAGCUCGUUAGCAAACUCAAGGCUGACAUCAGCAUUAGCGACAGUGGCAGCAAAAACGAGGGCGACGUGAUCGACACGGAGAUUAAUUCUGUGAGAAUCGAAGUUCAACAAUUGAGAUCUGCUUUAGAAGCUGCUGAGAUACGACACAACGAAGAACAGUCUCGAAGUGCGGAGCAGAUGGAGAAGGCUUUAGAAACUGUCGAGAAGAUAAAAUCAGCUUCGGCAAACAGAGAAGCUGAGCUGGAGUCCGAGCUUCGAAAAUCGAGAAAUGAAAUCGAGGAGUUGAAGGCGAAUUUAAUGGAUAAAGAAACCGAGCUACAAGGUAUAUGCGAAGAGAACGAAAGCCUCACUAGGAAAAUCGAGAGCAGCCACGCUCUCUCCGGCGACGAGUUCGAUAAGGAGAUUGAAAACCUGAAGGACAGUUUGACGGAGAAGGAGAGAGAGUGGCGGAACGCGUCGGAGGAGAGAGAAAGGCUGGUGAAAGAAACGAGCGGUGGUGGUGAUGUCGGCGACGAUGUCGUCGAGUCUGCCAGGGCCGCGGAGAGGGAGGCGUUGAUGAAGGUGGGGUACAUGACGGAGGAGGUGGACAAGAGUCACCGUAGAGUGGCGAGGGUGGCGGAGCAGCUGGAGGCGGCGCAGGCGGCGAAUGGGGAGAUGGAGGCGGAGAUGAGGCGGCUGAAGGUGCAGUCGGAUCAGUGGAGGAAGGCGGCCGAGGCGGCUGCCGCUAUGCUUUCUUCGCAAGGCAACAUUAAUAGCAAUGGGGGCCAGAUUAUGGAGAGGAGUGGAUCGAUGGAUAGCCAUUUCAACGGGAGCCCGAGGAUGGGGAAGAUGAGUUCGUCGCCUUAUGGUGAUGACGUGGACGAUGAUUUGAUGAAGAAGAAGAAUGCUAACAUGCUGAGGAGGAUUGGAGUUCUGUGGAAGAAGCCACAUAAAUAAGAGAUAUUCAUAUAAUAAUAAUAUAUUAAUAGAAAUUGGUAUUAAAUUUCAAAACAUUUGGAAUUUUUUAUGUUAUGUUAUGUUGUGUACUUUUGUAGGAAAUCUUGCUGUUUUAUUUAUUUAUGGCAUUUUGCAAUUCUUUA